GAGAGACUUGCCAUAAGCGGUUGGCAUUGAUUGAAAAGAUGAUAUUGUUGUCGUCAAUAUGAAUUAAAAUGGCAUAAAAAUAAUACUUUUGACUAAAAAAAACCCCACGAACCUCAACCUCGACAGCUUAAUGCUCCACGAAACGACCUUCCAUCAUGCACGGUAUUCAUACGUACAGGGUCAAAGUCAAUCUCUAAUCGGUGAAGCAGACUGUACAUUACCGGGACUGUUUGCACGUUUCAGUACAGGUUCGACGUCGUUGACAUUGAUAUCGAGAUUGAUUUUGCUCGCUGGUAGAGAAGAACUCUUAUUCCCACAAGGUUAUAAUCAUACAGUUCAUACUGGAAUGGUGUUUUGGAGAAGCUUAUUCCACCACACGUGCACAAGAACUACAUGUACACUGAAAACAUCAUCUCUCUUUUAAAACCUUCUAACGGCGUCCACUGCGAGAAUGGAAGCAGGAAGCACAGCCAACGUGCAGGUUGUAUUGACUGGCAAUUUAAGCGUUGAGUUGCCAAAGCAACGCUCCAAAGUUGUCCGGAUAUUUACGAGUUCCACCUUUACAGACACAUCUGUAGAACGUAACGCCCUGAUGGGGGAGACGUACCCUCGUCUGAAGGAUUACUGCAAGUCACGCCAUGGUUUGGAGUUCCAGGUCAUUGACAUGCGAUGGGGAGUACGGGACGAAGCGACAGACGAUCACAUGACGUCACAAUUAUGCAUGGCGGAGAUUGCUGGCUGUCAGCGCCUUUCCGUGGGACCAAACUUUGUUACGUUCCUGUGUCAGAAGUAUGGGUACCGACCCUUCCCGCCAAAGAUUGAGAACGAGGAAUUCAAAAUUCUGCGGGAAACUUUGAUGGACAACGGAAAGCCGAUCAAAACGCUCGACAAGUGGUUUAUCUGUGACGAAAACUGCAUACCACCCGUGUACGUCUUACAGCCAAUCAGCUCCAGGCUGCCAUACUUCAAUCGCCAGGACGAUCCAGAAAAAAUGAGGGCGCACAAGACAGAGUGGUGGGCAACGUUCGAACAAGUACAGGGACAGCUGCGCUUUGCUGCUAACCAAGCGGAAAAGCGGGGACUACUGGCGGCAGACCGAGCCAAGAAAUACAGGAUUUCAGUUACCCACGACGAGGUUGAUCAUGGCAUUUUGAAUGCACCGUCAGACAGGCAAAACCACUGCUUAUGUUUCAUCCGAAAGUUCAGUGACUUGGAGAGCAAGUGUGAGGCGAGAGAAGCUUCAAAAUUCCUUGACCUCCUGGACAGAAAUGUAGACAUUGAGGCAGGCGAGCUGCUUUCUGAUCUACGAGACAACAAAGUCCCCCAAGCACUUCCCCCAUCCAAUAUAAUAGUAACCGAUCUGGGGGAGUGGACAAAGGAUGGAGUUAAUCUAGAGAACGACAAUCACAGUAAAUAUAUCAAAGGAUUUUUGGAUACGUUCUACGCCAAGAUCGUAAGCAUGGUUGAGAUCGGUGUCUCCAAGGAGAAGCUCGCCAGCCUGGAAGAUCCCUUACAUCAGGAGAUUCUCCAGCACCUAGCUUUCAGUCUUACUAAGUGCGUUGGAUUCCAGGGCAGGGAUGACAUCAUUAAAAAGGUACAAGACUACAUUAUGCAGCGAGUAAAGUGUGACGAUGACAAAGAUGGUGUUCCAAUGGUGUUAUAUGGAGAGUCAGGAAGUGGAAAGACAUCCAUUAUGGCAAAAUGUGCAGCACUUGUUCAGCAGUCAUGGCUUUGUGGCACUGACACAGUGAUGAUGCUACGAUUUCUUGGCACAAGCCCAAAUACCUCAUCCAUUCAGCGAGUUCUGACAACGCUAUGCAAACAAAUCAUCCAGGUCUUCAAUCGGACAGAUUUCCAAGUUCCUACUGAGUACAACAAAUUGGUGGCAGCCUUCAUUGAAACUAUGAAAUUUGCCACAGUGGAAAGGCCUCUUGUCAUUUUUCUGGACUCGCUUGAUCAAUUAUCAAGUGAUCAUGGAGCACAUCGCAUGGUUUGGCUACCGAAGUCGCUACCUCCAAACGUUGCUCUCGUGGUUUCUACACUUCCAAAGGAACACGGAAUCCUGGAAAAGGUUAAGGAAAGAGUUCCUGAUCUAUCUCAGUAUACUGAAGUAGCACCCUUUUCCCACGUAGAAAGCACAGAUAUAUUGAAGUCCUGGUUAGCCACUGCAGAAAAGAGAGUCACGAAUGCAGAUGGUGUGACAGUGAUGUACUGGUAUCAUCGCCAGUUUAUCGAGACAGCACGUCAGAGGUACCUCAACGACGAUAGCCUGAAGAAGAAGCUCCACAAGACUUGCGCUGAGUAUUUUGACGGCACCUGGUCUGAGGGUCGGAAAAAACCCUGCCGAUAUUCUGCUCUGCAAGUUGAGCGUUUCGGGGUUCCAGCUGAAGCAGAAGAAGACCGUAAAGUUUCAAGUCAACCCCUGACUUUCUCAGUGACCCAAAAUGAAAGUGAAGGUAUUGUGACCUUCAACCUCCGGAAACUCACCCAGUUACCUUUUCAUUUAAUGGAAGCCGAAGAAUGGAAUACACUGAAGACAUCUGUGCUCUUUAACUUUGACUUUAUGCUCAGCAAGGUGAAGGCCCUCUCUAUGCAAGAUGUCUUGGCUGAUUUCUCCAAAGCAGAAGAAAAGAUUGAUGACGCAGAAAUUGUUAUACUUUUGGGAGCCCUGCGGCUUUCGUCGUCCGUUAUUUCAAAUAAUCCCAACCAGUUAGCGCCAGAGUUGAUGGGAAGACUGAUGGAUGCCGCUACUACAUUCCCAAGAAUGAAAUCCCUUCUCGAGCAAGCUAAAAUUGUAGGGAGACUGUCUCAUCCUAUGCUUCCGGUGAGUACUUGCCUUCAACCCCCUGGUGGAAUGUUGUUGGCGUCACUUGAGGGCCACACUGAGGAAGUCGUUUCUAUGGCAAUAACAAGUGAUUCACGGUUGGUUGUUACCGGCUCGAAGGAUAACACGGCUCGCAUCUGGCAGAUAGAAAAUGGCACAUUGGUGCACAUAUUGAAUGGUCAUAGGGAAGCCGUCUAUGGCAUCGAAAUUACACCCGAUGAUCAGAGUUGUGUGACGUACACCCACAAUGGGGAGUACAUGAAGUCAGGCAAAAUAUGUGUCUGGAAUAUGGAAACAGGAGAUCUGAUUCACCGACUAAAAGGGCAUACAGGUAAAGGCCAAUCGAACCUGGCAAUCACUUUGGAUGGAAAAUACGCUGUCAGUGGUCUACAGACAACAGUCAGCUACGAUGAUGAUAACGAAGACACUGACUACGACGACGAUGAAGUAAUCGCUGAUUCAAAGCAAAGGCACAAAGAAGCAAAAAGGAAAGAGUUAAUGGCCGAGGAGGACGAAGCUUGGGAUGAAGAAGAAUAUGAUGAUGAAAACAGAGACGUCGUGAUUAUUUGGAAUUUGGAGUCCGGACAAACCAUGCACUGGUUGUACAAACAUACAGACGAAAUAAAAGGCGUCCUGACGACGGAGAUAGAUGAACGACAAGUAGCCAUAACAUUCUCCCAAGAUCACACUCUUAUUCUUUGGGACAUCCUGAAAGGUGAGACAAUUCGUGAAAUGACAGACGCAGAUACGUUCCCAAUCUGGAAGGUGACUCUCUCUGAAGAUAGACGACUUCUUGCGUUGCAUGGUUGUGAAAUUUCACUGCACAGCUUCCCUGACUGCAAGUAUCUUGGAGACAGUAGAGACCCGGAGUCGAACUCCACUGUGGAAACCAUGUACAUAACCAGAGACAACAGUCGUGUCAUAUCUGGACACGUCUGUGGUGCUGUGAGAAUGUACGGAACCGGCAAGAAUACUGAGAGAACACUCCUCAAGAAACAGGACUGCUUUGAAAGAGACGGCCCAGUAACUAGCAUGGCUGUUACUCCGAAUGAAAUGCAUGUAAUUGCUGCGUUGAAGAUGUCAGAAGCUGUAGUUCUCAACCUUGAAACGUUGGAAGUAGAGGCCAAACUGCCGCAUAUCUUGAAUGUGUUGACGGUCGCCGUCACGCCCGAUGGUUCCAAGAUUCUCACAGGGUCAGAGGACAAGAACGUCCGCAUCUGGGAUGUUGCUAAUCUCAAAACAUCCAACUCGAGUGACGAACCAGAACUGGCGAUCAGCAAACACGACGGUUACACAUAUGAAGCACUGACCUUAAAUGCCGACGACAAAGUUAUCACAACGGGAAGUGAUAAAACAAUCAAGCUGUGGGAUGUGCGGAGCGGGAAGUUAAUCAAGUCCAUUGGGGAUCCAACGGGUGGAAAUUGCUAUGCUGUGGCCAUAAGUAGAGAUGAUACCUUCAUGGUAGGCUCAAGCAGCGGAUGGUACGUCCUAACCUUACCUGACUUGGUGCUCCAGCGCAAAUUCAGAGAGCAAUGGAUUACGCCCUCCCACUGUGUGAUUACCCCAGAUAACAGUAGGCUCGUUGCUGGGCUUGGACAGCCUAAGUUUGAGAUCCGCAUCCUCCAUGUGGAAACAGGGCAGACCCUUGAAGUUAUCAAGUUGAGAUCUACUGCUUUUUGCAUGCUAAGGUACGGAGUGUUCAUCAACCAAUAUAAGAUUGGAAUGUACGACUCCUCGGGAAAAACCAAGAUACUCCAGCUUAUCGACAGCAACCAGGGGCAGGUGAUUAGUGAACUUAGGCAUGCCGAUCGAGUCUUAUCAUUCGCAGUCUCUGCUGACGAAAGGAGGCUUGUUGCCGGCUGCAGCGACCACGAUAUCGACCUCUGGGAUCUCACCACCUUCUCACACAUAACAACUAUGAAAGCUCACACAGGACGCGUCACGGCAGUAUCAUUCUCUCCCGAUGGAAACCAUGUAGCAUCUGGGGCCGACGGCGGUGAAGUCAUCAUCUGGGACGUCCAAUCACAGUCCUUGAAGCAUUCCAUGAAACAAGCACAUGAAUCUGAUGUCUCAAAUGUUAUAUUCAGUCCCGAUGGCCGAUUUUUGGUGUCAAGUGGUCAGGAUGACAAUUACAUCCAAGUGUGGGACACCCAGACCGGCAAACACUUGAUGAAGUAUCAUACCUAUGCCAAGACUAGUUCCAUAAUAAUGUCAGCUAAAUGCAACACUGCCAUUGUAACACUUCAGGAUGGAAGAGUAGCCUUCCUAACAUUCUCACCGAGUGUCCCCUCAUUUACCUCCAGUAAGAAGUCAGCACCUGCUUCGGUCAGUGGUAUCUCAAUGAGUCCACACUCACCGAUGACAGGAGAGCAACAGCCUCAUGUCAAACGACAAAUGCAACAGAUGCGUGACGCUCGGCUCCAAAAUCAGCCGCGUAAGAGUAAAACAUGUCAAGUUCUAUGAACGGGUAAUUGCAAAAAAAAAAUGUGCUGAGAACUGAGUUUCUUUGAAAACUGAAUGUAGAAGAGGAUAGGAUAGUCAUCCCAGUAAUUCCUUCGAGUGCGCAAACAGUCGUGAGCUCAAGUGCAUGCAUAUUUUACAUUUUUGGUGUCUGAUGGCAAAGUCAUGAGUUAUCAGAAAAUCAAGCGAAGGGAAAUGCCAAACUAUUAAGGAGACUUACUGUGGUGAUGAAUUAUUUUGGUAAUUUUGCGAGCAUACUCGUCCAUUGUACAAUGAUAAUCUUAUCCGGAACGACCGUUUAUGCAUCAAUCAGGAAGCUACGUGCAAUUUAUUCCUGAAAAUGUAACUGUGUUCAAUAUGAUUUUAAGCGGGAAAUUCUCCUUUGUUAAUGAGAUGUUGUUCAUUUCACAAAUGUAAAUAAUUGAAAGCAGAAGUCAUGUUUACAAAGCGUUUACGUUAGUUCAGAAAUGCUGCAUUUGAUCUGGUGACACUGUUUCAACGUUUAAUAUCAAUGAGUAAAUCUGACAAAUCCUAUCGAUGCAAUAAUUGAUUGAAAAGCUUGUUCCGCGAUCAACACUGUGGGCUUGAAAAAAGUAUCUUAAAACUUUCCCUUAAUCAUGUGACAUUUACCUCUAACCAAUUUGGAAACCUAAUAAAUCGAUCAGCACCUCACAAAAGCACUCUGUCAAUAUCAAGAUUAUCAUCGGCUAAUUGGUUGCUAACACUGUUACAAAUUCACCUUCAACGAGGAAUAGGCCCGAAAUACUGAAUAGUAGCUGCUCUAGUUCACAAAAUGUCUCUACCGUAUUUAGAUUCGGCUUUCAUCAAGCACUUAGUCCAUUAUAUCCAGAGGGGUCAAAAACAGGUAUACAUCUCUCCAUGUAAAAGCUCAAGCUUCAUAUUCCCAUGCUUGAUCUAGUUCUCGCAUUUGGGUUUUUCCUAUUUUCCAGAUAUGUCCUUACUCUUAUUCUAAGCUUCCGUGAUUCCCUUACAGUUACUUAAAUUUCAAAAAAAUAUGUAUCUGAAGAACACAAGAAACUGCCAGUCAUAACCAUCGUGCAUUCAGCGGGCACUAUCACUGUGUCCAGGGAUACUGAAAAACAAUAUUUUGGAGAUGAGAACAUUUGUGAAGAAACAUGAGAAAUAUUUAAGCAACAAGAGUAAAGUCGCCUAAAAGGGCCGUGAAGAAUUACAGACUUCAAGCCAGCUAGCAAGUGCAGUGAAUAAUUACUAGGCGGCUGUACAGGAAGAUGUUUUGAAGAUUUGUAGAAGAUUAAAUUUGUUUGUUAUAGCCAUGUAGCCCAUUGCAAUCGUGCCUAGGAUUGCACUCACAACAGACACACUUGAACCCCAUGAAAUGAUGUUUUGCACAUACGAGUCACUCACCCUGAGCAGCAGAUGUUAAUUCCUGUACCUGCCACUACAACUGUAUACAUAAUAAUAUUUUAAAUAAAUGAAUAGUUGUCGUCAAAUUCCGAAUAAAGUUAGAUCUUCUUGAUUACUAAA